AUGGCAUUGGUCAAUAUCAUUCUCAUGUUAUUGACACUCGCAUUUGUUCAUCACCAAGUCGCAAUCACGGAGGCCAGGCUCGAUGUCGGCGUGAGCUAUGGAAUGAUCGGGAACAACCUCCCUUCUUCGGCAGCUGUGGUCCAACUCUACCAGCGCCACAAGAUCGGCAAGUUGCGGCUCUUUGAUCCGAACCCUGACGCACUCACUGCGCUGAAAGAUAGCGGGAUAGAGGUAACGUUGGGCACAAAAAAUCAGGAUUUACAAAGCAUAGCAUCGAGCGUCGAUGCGGCUAAGACAUGGUUCGACACCUACGUGCAACCGUUCAUCAAUGGUGUCAAUAUUGCAUAUCUAACGGCCGGUAACGAAGUGGUCCCUGGAGAUUUAGCUCAGUAUGUACUACCUGCGAUUCAGAAUCUACAGAGUGUUGUUGAUAGCUAUGGAUACAACGAAAUAGGCGUAACUACUGUGGUCGCUGCUACUACCUUAGGGAAUUCUUACCCGCCGUCGAGCACCACAUUUUCUGACGCGGCUCGUACCAACAUGGCCGGGAUCGUAAAGUUUCUGUCAAGCAGUGGCUCGCCAUUGAUGAUUAAUGUUUAUCCAUACUUUGCAUAUGCCUCCGAUUCAGCCAACGUGAGAUUGGAUUAUGCUCAAUUCACCGCGACCGGCACAGUGGUUCAGGAUGGCUCCUUGAGUUACUCGAACUUGCUCGAUGCGAUGGUCGACGCCUUUUAUUGGGCGAUUGAGAAGGAAGGCGUGACCAAUGUGAAUUUGGUAAUUUCAGAGAGCGGCUGGCCUUCUGCUGGAAAUGGGGAUUUCACCACUCCAGAGCUUGCACAAACUUAUAAUCAGAACCUUGUGAAGAGGUUUCUGGCCAAUACCGGGACGCCUAAGCAUUCGGACCGUAGCUUGGGAGGCUUCAUCUUCGCCAUGUUCAAUGAGAAUCAGAAACCUGCUGGCGUCGAGCAAAACUGGGGGCUGUUCAAACCCGACGGAACACCGGCUUACGAUAUAGUAUUUAAUUAA